CCGCGCACAGCAUCAAGGGAAAGGGAGUCCGGGCCGCAGGGCAUGGCGGGAAGCGGAGUUUGGUUCCCUCGCCGGGCAUGGUGGGAGAUGUAGUUCCUGGCGCCGGAGGCCGAAGCGUCACCGCGGCUCAGAGGCGGAGAGACAGAACAGAGCGAGACAGAACAGAGCGGUGCUGAAAGUGCAAGAUGAGUGCUGCCUUAGUGAAGCCAGUUCUUUAUAGUUAUUUCCGAAGUUCCUGCUCCUGGAGAGUGAGAAUUGCACUGGCUCUGAAGGGAAUCGCCUAUGAUCAGGAACCAGUGAACCUCCUGAAGGAUGGAGGACAGCAGUUUUCUACUGAAUUCCAGGUAGUAAAUCCAAUGCAGCAGGUCCCAGCCUUGAAAAUCGAUGGCAUCACCUUGUCUCAGUCGCUGGCCAUAAUUCAGUACCUGGAAGAGACCCGGCCUAACCCCAGGCUGCUGCCUCAAGAUCUGAAGAAGAGAGCCCAAGCCCGCAUGAUUUCGGAUCACAUUGUUUCUGGCAUUCAGCCCCUGCAGAACCUGAGUUUCCUGAAACAAGUGGGAGGGGAGAAGAAGCUGGAAUGGGCUCAAGGCUCUAUCGCACGUGGUUUCCAAGCUCUGGAGCAGAUCCUGCAGCACACAGCUGGGCGCUAUUGCAUUGGGGAUGAGGUUUCCAUAGCUGACUUGUGCUUGGUCCCUCAGGUUUACAAUGCUGAGAGAUUUAAAGUGGACCUGGCUCCAUACCCCACGAUAACCAGAAUCAAUAAAGCCCUUCUGGAGCUAGAGGCAUUCCAAGUGAGCCACCCAUGCCGGCAGCCCGAUACCCCCGCAGGGCUGCGAGCCUAAGGCCUUCCUACAAGCGGGCUCUGUUCCUCUCUAAAGCAUGAGGGCAGGGGUGGCAGAGAAAUGGAUCACACCCUGCUGGAAAAGGAAAGCCACACUCAAGUGCCCAGCAGGCACCCAUAGCACUGAUGCAUCCUUGCCAGCUGCAUAGGAGAAAGAGAGCGAGCACCACUGCCCCUUUACUCUGAAAGUAGCUAUGCGUGGCCCAUUGCAGACCUGAGUACGGUAGGGAAAGAUGAUGCUUACCCCAAUCAAUGUUUAACUACCUUCAGUCUCACCAUGCAGCAGAUUAAAGGAGAAACAUCAAUAGCUAUCUUGAGCGCUGCAUUUGUGUGGCUUUGGACCCAGGAAUGGGCUUGCUGAAGAUAUCUUAACUCUUUUAUUGUGGAGGGUGAGGGCAAUACCCUUUAACAGGAAAUGUUCAUAGCAAGAUUGAGUUGUACCUAUGGGACAAGGCCAGCUUGAGGAUGCCUCACUUUCACCAGCCAUGGAAGAAUAUCAAAGAACCACUCAGCGCAUAGAGUAAAACUAGGCCAUUAACACACUAGGCCUGAUUGUCCUAGCACCACACCACAAUUACAGUAACCCCAUUGACUUCAGUAAAUACCAAUUUACAUGGGUGUAAGUGCAAGGAAGAUCAGGCCCGCCCUCUCGUCCUGCAAACAUAAUGAGCGCUAGACCCAAACCCUGGGUCUCUCUGCUCUUGAAGGGAACAACUGACAGCUACACUACACCAUGCCUGCCAUGCCAGCAUGAAGGAGAUUAGUUGUCCCAGGCUUCUGGGUGAUCUAUAUGUCUUCCCUUCACCAAGCAGCAACCUGGGAGAACUAGUCUCCCUCACUGCUGGCAUAGCAGCCAGCUCUCCCCUUAGCCAAAGAUGACAACGUUCUCUUCCCCAUCCCCAGAUGGCAUGCCACUUACACCCAGACAUCACACAGCAUCAGACACUUUUCAGCCACUUGUAGAAAGCCAGUCACUCACUUUCUAGCAAUACUGUCCCCCUUCCUUCCCAAGGGGAGAUUUCUGGGUGGUAAAUUCUCAUUCAUUCCAAGCCAGAAGAACCCCAUUCCUGGAUGGCAGAGAGGAACUGCCAAGUUGCAGCUGAGAUCGAGCCAGCUUUGGUGGGUGACUCACAUCCCCACUUUACAACCCUCUCUUCAGAGGCUGCAGCAACCCCCUCUUCUCACCCAGCUAAGAGUGAAUAUAUGGGGUCACCUUCAUUUCUAUGCCAAUAGC